AUGGUCUCCAAGGGCAUGAUCAAGGAUGCCAAGAUGCCAACAAAAUUGAGCGGAUCAAGCGUGUAUCAGGGUUUUCUAGAAGGAAAAAUGGUUCAACAACUGUUCCCAAGCAAUCCAAACAAGCGCUACUACGAUCCGUUUGAGCUUCUACACAUCGACACUUGUGGUCCGAUGGAAGUUGACUCGCUAGGUGGAAGCAAGUACUUGCUACUGAUCGUCGAUGAAGGCAGCGGAUGUAUAAAGGGUUUCAGUCUGCGCGCCAAGUCCGACAGCGAAGAGUGCAUCAAGAAGUACAUCAUGGCAGUACAGACGCAAUUAACUACAAGGUCAAGUUCGCUCGACACGAUGGUGCACGCGAAUUUGCGGCAAAUUCGCUCAAGGCAUUUUACGAUGAUCAAGGAAUCGAGCAGCAAGUUACCGUUCCAUAUGCGCAUCAGACCAACGGCACGGUGGAACGGGCAAUUCGGACCAUUAUGA